GGUGGACGUAGCAGGAGCUGGAGAAGAAGUUCGUGUGAAGAAACUAAGGGAGCUAGGUCAAGCAAGGUGCUAGACGUAGUAUCUCUCUUCAAGAUGGCGACAGAUAUGACCGCCGCGCAGGUUGUGGUUGACAAGGCGGAAGACCGGUACGUCAGCUUCGUUGCGUCCCUUGCCGAGGAAGCGAAGACUUCAAGGAUCUUCUUAAGAUACAAGGUUCUCGACACCUUUCUUCAUCUCGAUAGCUAUCCAGCCCCAAACAGUGUUCCGUUCCAUGUCGGAGAGGCAAAAAUAUCCCAUAUAUCAUUCGAUACGCCUGGCAAUCUGAUUUUUGCCCGCGACAUAAAGGAAUAUGAACUCGCUUCUAAGAUCGAUACGGGUUCUACUCGGCAAAUUUUUAUAGUCGAAAAUGUAACUCCGAAGGUAAUCCGUGUCUUUGGGGGGCUUUUGAAUGUCGAUCCUGAGUUUUUCCUCGACUACAUCGAUGCAGUGCCGGCUGAGAUGGACGUCACGAAGGAGGAAAUAUCGUCUAGGCCCGACCUGAUUCCCACGGCAUGGUACCGUCACCAGGGUAUCGAAGGGCACCUACCCACUCUGAAGUCGAUGAACACUCGCCGCGAUCAUAUGUCCUUGCGAUUUGUCGGUCCGAGAGAAUACAGAGGAGAAGAUUACUGCAAAGCUCCCGAGCGAAUGAAGCCCGAUAUGAAGAAAAUGAACGUCGAACGGAUAGCGGGACUUCAUGUCCCCAUAGCCCGAAAAUUAGGUAAUGGGGGACGACAAUUCGACAACGUUGCAAUGACACGUCAUUGUGCCGCUAUCUGGUUCAAACAACCCGACGACGCUACUUAUUCAGCGUGGACCACAGCAAUUAUCCUUGUUGACCCUCCUUUCGAAGCUGAGGAUGGCGAAACCAUGUACGGCACCAGAGCCGACUCGGCGUACCGGUCCUUCAUCUGCCGUCCGUUACCCAACAAAGUGAUGGAGAGGGAGAAAGAGCCCAGAUCCACCUACCGGGCUUCUCUAGCACAUAUUAUAGUGCGUGAGAUUGCUCAAGGGGGCGAUUUCCAUCCCCUCGUCGUAACUCAAGCAGUGGCUCGCAUCAUAGCGUCUGAGUGGAUUUCCACAAGCGCCUACAUCGAGCGAGACAUCAAUACCCUUGAGUGGAGACUGGAAGACGGUGAGGUCGGCAUAGAAGUACUUGAGAAGUUCCUCAAGAAGCUCUUCAUUCUGCGUCGUCGGAUCCGCAAGUACCAGGCUUUAGUUGACGAACAGUUGCAGCUCUUCCGCGACUGUUUGCCCUACGCCUGGACAAAAACACCUUCACCUGCUACCGAGAAAGCAAGGACCGAGAUGAAAGCCGAUUUCGAACAGGUUAGGAGCACCAUAGACAACAAUGGAGCCCGGCUAUCCCAGACUCUAGACCUUGUCGCCUCUAUCAUGCAAGUUCGGGCGGGGGAGCAGUCCAUCAAGCAGAAUGAUAGACUAUCUUUCUUGACUCUCAUUGCCACUGUUGCACUUCCCUUCAACGCCUUGGCUGCUAUUCUUGGUAUGCAGACGAGCUGGGGCCCCGGAAACCCGCAUUUCGGAAAGUUCUGGUUAAUAUCAAGUGCUGUGUGCGCUUUUAUGUGGAUAGGUUACAGGGUAUCCAGGUUCUGGAUGCAUCACGUCUCGAAGAUGCAGGCGAAGUUGGUCUGA